UUCCACUCCAUGGUCACUGAGAAGAACUGAUGCAUUCAUGCCGAUGAGACGGAUGCCACGAAUGAAUGAAGGAUAUUUGUGGGCCCACUCGUCUCAAGGCUCUUCAAUAGUCGGCGCCAGUCGAAAGGGAAGUGGUGGGGCCGCACCGCCCUCGUGAGGGCGGGCACAGGCAGAAGAUGGCCUCAGGUGUGGCAGGCGGUGGUUCGAAGCGGCAACUGGCACCGCUGCUCAAGCUUGGAAGGCAGCACACGCGGGUGGCUACGUGCAUAGAGAGAAUUCACGAGGGGGGUCUGCAGCGAUCAACCGCCGCACAAGCGGGCCCGUCGCGAACAUCGCAUGCGGCGAUCGGCUCUGGUGCACUCCUGAGCUCAUCUUCAGGGUUUGCAUCUUUCUAUCAUGUUUAUCCCUCCGCAUCUGCCUCUUCUGCUGCUGGGCCUGGGACUCCUGGCUCGCUCGGCUUCCUCCACGAGGCUGGGCUGCCGUUCUUGAAGCAAGCAAGCCCAGGUCACGGCCAGUCUUCCCAUGCGGAGCAAAGCUCUAACCAGCACACAUUCUGUGGUGAGAACUCCGCCGCCGACCAGCCUGUGCGGACUUCCAAAGGCUCACACGGCUUGACCGCCGCUUGGAAAGGCAAGGCAACAACCCCAAACGUCGAGGAUGUUGAUCUUCAACCACCAUCCCAAGCUUUCACGAUUGCCGAAUCUCCUUCGCAACAGCCAGAAUCAAUAUCGCUUUCUACCCUUUCGGCAAAGGCAGCGGGUAAGCAGCCAGAACGUGCCGGGAUUCUACGAAGUUCGGCGAGACCAAGGCUUAUCGACUAUGAACAUGAGCUCGUGCAGCGCUCCCUGAAAGUCACAGACAAAGUCCUUCUUGGUGUGCUUCAGCAAGAUGAGUAUGACUCGAUCCAAGAGGAUCAUUCCUCGCUAGCAGAAUCUUCCAAUCGUGCGCAAUAUUCCACUUCGAGCAAGAUAGAAGCAUAUAUCGUCUUGCGCAAUCGCGCACGCAGGAACGCAAUUCGUGCCUCCAAUGGCCCCAGGCGGCAGCAAUAUUUAUCGCGACUCUCCGAUGAGCAGCUUGUUUCUCUUGCAGAAGAGACCAUCUCAAAUAUCAGCAGUGCAACGACACCACACUUGGGCGAGCAGGCACAGCAGAUUGCUGCGCUGUUCGUGAGUGAUGUGAAUGGGCCUAUUUUCGACGCAUCGGACCUCGAAGAAACUGGGCGGGUUUCGUUGCUGCAAUCUUCGAGCAAUGCAGCUGAUUCGACCCAGGCACUGCUGAAAAAGCUCAAGCUUGCAGCUGACAAUAUCGAGCGGUCGUUCAAGCGGCACCAGAAAACGCGAGCGCCAUCACAAUCUGGCGGCGGGGAGCUGCGUGAGCUCGCCACCAAAGUUGCAGAAGAGGGAAAGCUGCCGAGCCAAAGUGCAGCUGUAGCGGAUGACACUCUAUUCAACACUCCGCUUGGCUCUGACAGGCGAAAGCUGGUGCUGGAAGCCGUGGUAAGGAGAGCUGCAGGGUGUGAGCUGUUCCCGCAACAACGACGCGGUGGCGAAGGGAGACGAGGGAAGCGGCCAGCUCUCAAACCCGCUAUCUGCACCGAUGUCGUCAAAUUGCUUCUUGACGAACAAGGAAAGGAUGCCCGCGAUGCGCUGCCUCUGGUAAUCGGCUCGUUAUCGAGGACGAAUCUGCGAGGUUUGCUCAUACAGCUGCUGCGAGCGGGGGACCCCGGGCUCCUACAGACAAUAGAGGGCUUGCAGAGGAGGCUGCAAGGUUGGCAUAUCGCAUCGCGUCGAGGAGCAUUGGGACAACGGCAUUGCGAGAGUCAGGAUGCUGUUUCGGACUUUCCAAGCCUGCAAGAAGCUGCACAUUUGAUAGAGUAUUACCUCAAACCAGAGGUCUUCUCUGUCCGCCUCAUUAAGCCCUGGAACCAAAAACGGCGCGCCGAAGCAGCUUCGUCGGCUCUGAAGGUCUUUCGCGGCCUCAUCGCUCGUCUUUUACGCGCUCCUGACGAAGGAGCUAGCGAGCCAUCGUUGUCAGUGGACGAAAUCAUCCGGCAAAGCCAACGAGACGGACAUCUGCUCAUAGCCUGGCUCGAACAGCGCGCAUCAGACCCUGCACGCUUCGCAUCUCAGAAAGCGAACCUCACCUUCUGCUUAACGCUACGGAUCACGAUGCUACGCUUGCUGCUGCGCGAGAAAGCAGCUGUACGCGCGGCAGUUUUCAUGCGUGAGCUAGCAAAAGACAUUUUUCGCAUGGAGCGUCCGGUCAAAGUCGGCGAGGCAGCAGCAUACAGCGGAGCGCCUCCCGACUUCUUGCAGGAUCUGGCGACUGAAGCGUCGCAUAUCGAAGAUGUCGCCGCGACGCCAGCUGAGCAGCUGCUCGCAUCUUUGUGCUCUCAGACGCUCAAGCUUCACGAAGAGCAAGGCAAUCCAGUGCCGGUUAAAAGUGUCCUGGCGCUUUCAGACGCUCUCAUUAGUUUGACGCGCGGGGUCGUGCGAGAGUUGUCGCCGGCGGCUGUGCGCUCGUACAUCGAGUCGGCCUGCGCUGUCGAUUGCGCCAAUGCAGCUGCCAUCGCAUUACUCGCCAUGCGGCGGGCGACCGGACAUGACCCUAAUAUCUUUGGCCGGUUGGAACUCAGUCCACAAAUCACACUGGACGUGCUGGAGGCCAUGGUGAGGGAGCGGAGAGACAGCGAUGUGGAGCUGCUUUCGCGCCACGUCGAUAUCGACGAUUUUGGCAGCGAGCAGGACAAAGACAGGUUCUUGCACAUCUUGGCGAAGGCGCAAGUGCGCGAGCGCGUGAUGCAAGCGUACCGGAAGCUCGACGCUGAGCAUCACCUAUCGUCAAAAUCGAUGUGGAGGAUGGUGCGGUUGCUAUUAGACGAAGGGAAUAGCUCGCAUGUCGAGGCUGAGCAGAUCUACCGGAGGUACUUGGCUCAAGGAGACCAACUCGAUGCGUUGGAUACGACGCACACAGCAUCUGCUGCCCUUGCGAUCGGUCAUGAAAGCGAAGCGCUUGAGUAUUUGCGCAGGGCUAUCGAUAUGAGCACCGAGCUCGACAUGUCGUGCUUCAGUGCAGUCUUCCACUACCUAGCAAAACAACAACCUGAAUUCGCUGUGCGCAUUCUGCGAUCGGCUUUCGCUUCUGAUCAAGCACGACUGCAAGCCAUGCACCCGACACUUGCACAGCUCUUGCCGCCCACGCUCGCUCCACGGCAGCUCGAGCCUGCAGUGCGCUCUGUCUUUGAUUUGUGCUGGACAUACGAGCGGCUAGAUCUGGCAGAUCAAGUCUACAGUCUGGCGAAUAGCCACAGUCUCACGCUCGGACCUUCUGCUCGUCGCUUUGCAUUUUUGCGCACCUUUCACAAACAUCGUCCACUGACGGUAGCAUUCGCGCUCAGCAACAGCACUGGUCAACGUCAGCUGCUAGCCGACAAUGCAGGAGGCAUCUGCUGGCUGAUCAAACUAGCAGCUCGCAAUCAGACUGUCCAAGAUGGGCUCAAAAUUCGGUCAAUGUUGGCGACAGGCGCGGCGGUCCGCGAGGCGACCGCCAAUGACUUCAGCCUGGAGGGCGGAUUGCUUCUCUUCCAGACACUGUUUCGCGCGACUGGCUUGGUUGACCUCUCUACCGCGCAAUUGCUCCUCACGAAGCUCAGAGCCAAAGGUCUGCAAAUGAUUGCUGGUCAUCGGCAGCGGGAAAGAGAAGGAUGGCGAGAAGCCAUCCGCGCUGUGCUCGCAGCGGCUCGCAGAGCACCUGAGCUGCGCUUCGUCACUCCCAUCACGCACUUUCCAAAGUCACGGCUCAGCGGCGUCAGUAAGGCACCCAGCACAGCCAACUACCUCCCUCCAUCGUUCUUAAAAGCUGCUGCUACUGCAUUUGCUGCACUGUCUGAUGGGGCAGGCAUCAACGAUGUGCUCAAUCAGAUGCAAGCCCAGGGUUUGAAUACUGCAACUCUGCGACAAACGCUUUCUCGCAUGAGUACCGGAAUGCUUUAGUGCGCCAGCGCAAGUUGUUGUAGUAGAGUACAUGCGACGAGCUUAUACCAGUACAGACGCAAGGCGAAUACAUGC